CCUCUUCCUCCCCCUGCUCCUCGCACCCCUCAACCCCUACACUCUGUUCUUCCCCGUCGCUGAUUGUCACACAUUGUUUACUACGGCUUGAAAUGUGACUCACAACACAGGCUAUCUGCUGGAGUACCGCUCUGACAACUGAAGGAUUCUUUUGACGCGCACCGCGCGUCUUGGUUAUUUGGGGAAAGGCUGUGGACACUACCCUUCUGCCAUGACAGUGGAUUUGUUUGCGCUUUUAUGCGUGCUGGUCAUCACAUCCUCUGCGAUGGAAGAGACCGUGAUGGACACGCGGGUGGCCACAGCUGAACUGGGCUGGACAGCAUAUCCUAAUUCUGGGUGGGAGGAGGUGAGCGGCUAUGACGAAAACCUCAACACAAUCAGGACCUACCAGGUGUGUAAUGUCUUCGAGCCCAGUCAAAACAACUGGCUCCUCACCACCUUCAUUGAUCGCCGUGGGGCGCAGCGCAUCUACGUGGAGAUUCGAUUCACCGUGCGGGACUGCAGCUCCAUCCCCAAUGUCCCUGGGUCAUGCAAGGAGACGUUUAAUCUCUAUUACUACGAAAGUGAUGCUGUCAUUGCCACUAAAGGCACCGCCUUCUGGAUGGAGGCCCCUUACCUCAAGGUGGACACCAUUGCUGCAGAUGAAAGUUUCUCGCAGGUGGACUUUGGUGGACGCCUGAUGAAGGUCAACACAGAAGUGCGGAGCUUUGGCCCAUUGUCUAAAAAUGGCUUCUACCUGGCCUUUCAAGACUAUGGCGCCUGCAUGUCUCUGCUGUCAGUCAGGGUCUUUUAUAAGAAGUGCCCAAGUGUGGUCCAGAACUUUGCAAUCUUUCCAGAAACCAUGACAGGGGCUGAGAGCACCUCCCUGGUAAUUGCAAGAGGAAUCUGCAUUCCCAACUCAGAGGAAGUAGAUGUCCCUAUAAAGCUGUACUGCAACGGAGACGGAGAGUGGAUGGUUCCUAUCGGUAGCUGCACAUGCAAGGCUGGGUUUGAACCUGACAAUGGCAACGUGUGUCGAGCAUGCCCGCCGGGUACUUUCAAGUCAACCCAGGGUCCAGGUCUGUGUCUACAGUGCCCUCCUAACAGCCGCUCCACAGCUGAGGCCGCCACCAUCUGUGUGUGCCGCAACGGUUACUACCGUGGUGAUGGUGAUCAGCCGGAUGAACCCUGCACCAGUGUCCCAUCCAGCCCAAGGAAUGUGAUCUCCAUUGUGAACGAAACCUCUGUGAUCCUCGAGUGGCAUUCUCCCAGGGAGACGGGCGGUCGCGAUGACGUCGUCUACAACAUAGUGUGCAAGAAGUGCCGUGCCGACCGGCGCUCUUGCUCCCACUGCGACGACAAUGUGGACUUCGUCCCACGACAGCUGGGUCUGACUGACACCAGGGUGUUCAUCAGCAAUCUAUGGGCUCACACCCUCUACAGCUUUGAGAUACAAGCUGUCAAUGGAGUCAGCAAUAAGAGCCCGUACCCCGCCCAGCAUGUCUCCAUAGACAUCACCACCAACCAGGCUGCUCCCUCAAUAGUCCCCAUAAUGCACCAAAUCAGCUCCACCAUGAAUAGCUUCACACUGUCAUGGCCACAACCAGAACAGCCCAAUGGCAUCAUCCUGGACUAUGAGCUGCGCUACUAUGAGAAGGACCAUGCAGAGAUUAACUCUACCAUCCUGCGGAGCCAAACUAACACUGCACGUGUGGAGGGCCUGAGGCCGGGUACAGUGUACGUCGUACAGGUGCGGGCACGGACUGUCGCUGGCUUUGGCAAAUACAGCAGCAAGAUGUGCUUCCAAACAAUCACAGAUGAUGACUUCAAGUCUGAGCUGAGAGAACAGCUUCCUCUGAUUGCGGGAUCAGCGGCAGCAGGAGUGGUCUUUAUUGUUUCCCUUGUUGCUAUCUCCAUCGUGUGCAGCAGGAAAAGGGCGUACACCAAGGAAGCUGUGUACAGUGACAAGUUGCAACAUUACAGCACAGGAAGAGAACUCUCUUUGCGAGCCGACAUGUCUAACUGCCCCUCCCCACUGGGCUGCCCGACCCACUUCUCAGGCUCCCCUGGGAUGAAGAUCUACAUCGAUCCCUUUACCUACGAAGACCCCAACGAAGCUGUGCGGGAAUUCGCCAAGGAGAUUGACGUCUCCACUGUCAAGAUCGAGGAGGUCAUCGGUGCAGGUGAAUUUGGGGAGGUGUACAAGGGCCGUUUGAAGCUGCCUGGUAAGAGGGAGAUCUAUGUAGCCAUCAAGACCCUGAAGGCAGGCUACGUGGACAAGCAGAGGCGGGACUUCCUGUCUGAGGCUUCAAUCAUGGGCCAAUUCGAUCACCCAAACAUUAUCCGUCUGGAGGGUGUAGUCACAAAGAGCCGUCCGGUCAUGAUCGUCACAGAGUUUAUGGAGAAUGGUGCCCUUGAUUCAUUCCUCAGGCAAAAUGAUGGUCAGUUCACGGUGAUCCAGUUGGUGGGGAUGAUGCGUGGGAUCUCAGCUGGGAUGAAAUAUCUCUCCGAAAUGAACUACGUCCACCGUGACCUGGCUGCACGAAACAUUCUGGUCAACAGCAACCUGGUGUGUAAAGUGUCUGACUUUGGCCUGUCACGCUACCUACAGGAUGACACCUCUGAUCCCAGCUACACCAGCUCUCUAGGUGGGAAGAUCCCAGUGAGGUGGACAGCACCGGAGGCCAUCGCUUACAGAAAGUUCACCUCGGCCAGUGACGUGUGGAGCUACGGCAUCGUCAUGUGGGAAGUGAUGUCAUUUGGAGAGAGGCCUUACUGGGACAUGUCCAACCAAGAUGUGAUUAACGCCAUUGAGCAGGACUACCGUCUUCCGCCGCCUAUGGACUGCCCCAGUGCUCUGCAUCAGCUGAUGCUGGACUGUUGGCAGAAGGACCGUAACGUACGACCCCGCUUCGCUGACAUCGUCAGCACCCUGGACAAGAUGAUCCGUAACCCCACCAGCCUCAAAGCUGUAACCAACAUCCCUGCUGUGCCUUCUCAGCCACUGUUGGACAGAUCCAUACCUGACUUUAACACCUUCAGCUCAGUAGAGGACUGGCUCGCUGCCAUCAAGAUGAGCCAGUACAGAGACAACUUCCUCAACUCAGGCUUUACCUCCCUGCAGCUGGUGGCUCAAAUGACCUCAGAGGACUUGCUGAGAAUAGGAGUGACCCUGGCAGGCCACCAGAAGAAGAUCCUCAGUAAUAUCCAGUCCAUGAGGGUGCAGAUGAGCCAGUCGCCCACUACUAUGGCAUGACUACAGGGGGCGCUGUACCACGGAGCGGGCAGCAUUCGUAGGACCAACAAUAAUGGCAGCCCUCGAAUGACCCCCAAUCCAUCGGAACACGCCAGAGUCGAGACUAUUGUCUUAAUCUAAUCCACUACCAUGACAACAGGAGACCAGGGUCUACACUACCACAUGGUUAACAGCUAUCACACUUCAUGUAAUCCACGCCAGGAGUUCAGGGUCCAGACUUGAUACUGUUUCUCCAUUUACCCACGAAAGGAAGACAGAUAUCAGUUGCUGUGUUUAAGGACUUCCAUUCCUAUCAUUGUAAACCAAAAUAACUCCAACAAUCCGACAUCGCUACAGGGAAUCUCUCACAGAUUCAGACCAUAUGGUAAAAUGAGUAAUAUUGUACUUCUAUAUUAUCUGGACUAGAAGAUGUUAAAACUGUAAACAGAAGUGUGAGCCAUUUAGAAACAACGUGUGACCUGUGAUUUUACCGUCGUCAAUGUGUGCAAUGAAGAUGCCUUGACCUGGCCAGAAAUAUGUCCCAGAAGAAAAAGCAAUUACCAGUAGGAAUAAUUAGAGGGAGAAGAAUACAGGGAUGUACAGUGGAGCACCAUUUUCACAUUUCACAUCAUCUUUUGCUCGUUUGAGGAAUUUGAAAAAUGUAUCGUAAAUGGACUGGUGAAAAUUCAGAGCCAGUUAUAUUUUUGUCUUUUACCAUCUGUUUGUUUGUUUUUAACACUAUAGCAAGAUGCCGCCCACUCGUAUUUUAACUUUAACACUACCUGUGGAGACCUGGGUGGAAGGCCUUUCCAAAGGACUUCUCAACCAGCCCCACCCAGAUUCAGAGAAUAUAAAUGUUUAUCUCUUGCUAAAUAUGAUUAUAUCUUUCAUAAUAAACCUUCAUAUUGAAGGUGAUAUGUAUGAAUAUGUAUGUACAGAACUCUCUGCUUGCAUUUUUGGCAAAGACAUGUUUGUUGACUAGAUUGUGAUAGACACAUGCAAUGUGUAGAUUCCCUACGGUGCCCUGGUUUCCUUUGGACAACAACGGACACUGGGUCGUAUGGCCAUUCUGACUAAAUCUUAACCUGAGGAAAACAUUAAAAGGAACUAUGGGCAAAGAAUUGGUAUUGUAGAUCUAUAUGAAAUUUGCUGUUUAAAAUAAUUGACAAAAUAUCCAUUUAUUGGAGAUCAUGUUUAAUGUGGGUGUACACAUGCUGUCUCUUGCUGGUGAGCACUUACUUGUACAGAUAUGUUUUAUGUUUUUUAUUUCCUUUUAUUCUGUUGUUGUUGUUUGUGUUGGGAGUGCUCAACACCAUCCAGGGGGGGAAGGAAAAUCCACGCCUUGGCCAGUUCAAAUAUAUGACUGUGGACUCAAAUAUUUACACGUAUAUAAAACAGCACACACAUACACUUCAUGUACACACUUUCACAUGCACACACACCCCAAGAACAAUUGGAAUUGCUUUGGUCAGCCAGAGAGCAAGAAGAACAAGUGAAAUGGGACCUUUUCCAGGAUACCAGUCACAACCUCCCCCCCUAUGGUACACAAUGGAUGGUGGAGCUGAAUAGGAGUGUGCACAUGUCACAGUUUGUUUAUUUGUGCGUGAGAGAAUGAACGUAUGUGUGUUUGUGUGUGUGUGCGCAUAGCGGGCACAUUUGUGUGUACAGACAUUUAUGUGUGCACAGGUACAUUGUUUAAGAGCGUGAACAUAAUUUUUUUUGUUUCUGUAUAGCUACCACUUGUAAAUUGUGACAAGUACGUGUCAUGAGUUUGUAAGCUGUAACUUUCUGAGAACUAUUGUACUAAAAUGCACUCAAUAAACGCCUUGAAAAACAAGUGCAUCA